AUGAACCAUGAGCUUAGAAACUGUUCCUCUUUUCUCACCAACAAUAUCACUUACAGUUGCCAUAAUCCAUUCCCGAAUUGCACUAUAGCUGGAGGGUUUGAUCUCAAAACACUUGCCAGUAUCACCAUCAUCAUCAACAAUUCGUGCCCUUCUGAUUCCAGAUUAUACCCUGGUUACAAUUUCCCUAGCAUAACCAACGAUGCUUGUCAGAUCUUCUCUGGUGGUAACGAUUGGAAAAAAUAUCCUACAGACGAGGCUUGGGGAAGAGUUAUCGCUUGGAAAUUUGCACUAUAUCAAUUGGCUGCGUUGUUUCCUAGACUUCCUCUAAGAUUCAUUGUCGAGCUUUUUGUCUUGGCUCAUCUUAUGGGAGAUCCCAUCACCACCCUGAGAGAUAUUCUCGUCAAGUUCGAGACUUGUCAACAGCGUGGUACGAUGUGGAAGAAAUUUCUUGCAUCAUCAAAAAUCACUUGGCGCUCUCUGGGUCUAAGUGGGAAAGGAAAGCCCAGUACCCAUGAUGACAGACUAUGGAUGGCGCUUGCUGCAAUAUCGGAUGCAUACGGCGAAUGGGGCCCUGAUAUCCGCGAGGAAACAGAAAAUCUUAUUCGGGCACUUAUAGAGCCAAAACCUCGGAGAUCUCGUAAAUCCCGAUUGUGGUUCGUCAAGCUGUGUUUUGGAGUGGGAAACUCACUCGCGGCUGACCGCACGACGAAGUUUUUCCCGAUGAUUAUUGCACAGUUCUUCUUGGUAUUCGAUAUUGGUAUUGCCUUCUUCCCAGCAAAGGGUCGGGCACAGCGUACUGGCGCUUAUGUCAAUAUGGACGUGCUGUCAGUUGCGUUUGCCUCGCUGUUCUUUUGGCUUAUUCCUACCGUCGCUCUCGGUUCUAUUAUAGGUGUCUCCCAGUCGGCGCACAGCGUUCCAAGGAUUAUCUUACAAUUCAGCAAAAUGUCGAACAAGCCUGCCCUAGCACCACCAAACGUUUUGCAACAUGAUCGCGAACUAAAUGGAGGCAUCUACUCAUGGCAACCGAGACGACGCUCACGUAACUCUCGUGAUUCUAUCGCCGACUCGGACAGUGGACAAUAUCGUAGAGCAGGAGUUAUCGCCGACGUUCUGGUGUUCAUAAAAAGUUUCAAGCAUCAUAUCGCUCCAGCAUCCACCAUCGUCCCAAUUUUCAUUACGUCGCUUGCGUGCGUUACAGGUCUAAUUACUGCGUACCUUGUGCCCCCUUCAGGCUUUGAGUGUCGCCAUUUGGGUAUGCUCUCGAUAUUCUCGGCGUGGAUGCUCAGUUGGCUUUUCGGUCUCCUACUGCUUCCAUCCAGAAAUCAUCCCUGGCAUUUUCAUUUUGCUUUGGGAAAAGAUAUUGUCUUUGCAGUCGGUACCUUAGCAGGUCUAGCUCUAGGUCAAGCAGGUAUCUAUAAUCGUUGUUCUUGUUAUACGAUUUGGAAUGGUAAAGGCAUUAUCAUUCCCGGAUACGUCGACUUUCGCACAAUUCUCAAUUCUAGAAUUGUUAAAGAAUACCCAGCUAUAAUUAUCGGUGCUGGCAUCGGUUUUCGACUUCUACUUACUUGUACCUUUGCUAGUGUACUUGAAUUAUCGGCUUGCUUUCAAGGUGUUUCUGCGAGGCGAUAA